AUGUCUUCCUAUUCUCAUUUUCUUGGAAUUGAACAGACUGAGAAAGCCAUGAUAUGUUGGCUCCAGAAACAGGGGCGUGACACUCUUCCAUACUCCCACUUUGUCACAGCUUCUGUGCUGUUUGGAUGGAUCAACUCCCAUGAUCUUAUAGCUCUUCUUGACAGUUGGAAUGUAGAUGUUCCCCAAGUCAUGCCAGACAAUUGCGAUGCACGUGACAAAUGCAAUGCAUGGCUUCUCACGUUGCAGGGCAAUACUCUGGGCGAUUCUGAUGCAACCCAAAUAUCAUUUGGUUCCCCACAUGUAGAAGCUAUUCAUUUCCAUGAAUUCCUUACAGUGCCCAACAAUCAAUUUCUCUCUCUGCCUUGCUUGUUGAAAACAUGGGUCGAUAACACCACAUAUUGUGCCUACAUAAUCGCAUCCUUGGCAGAAUCCAAGCCCUCAUGUAUUAGCAACAGCUUUAAAACAAAGGAGUGCAAGAGUCUGGCCGUCCUUAAAUCUGAUAUUCAUAUCCUGGGCCUGAAGAAGCAGCGUGCGCAGGUUGAAGUGGACAUGCUUUCUGAAGCCAUAGCCCACAUGUCUGAUUCCAAGCACACUGAUGACGGGGCAGUCCUCACCAGAACGGAUCAUUCAUCUGCAGCCCCCACAUUCUCCUUCCCUUACACUGAUGUGCCAGUGGGAUGGGAAUACCAAAUAGGAGGAGCAGGCAGAGGAGUGCCAAGGGCUGUUAUAUUACUCCUUCUUUUGCUGGCAAAAAGAGAUGGCCUGAUGGAUCAGGUCUCUCAGCAUGCACAGGAGAUAAGGAUGAUUGGCGUGCAUAUUAUGUUGAUUGGCUUCAUGCAUAAUGCCCAAGAUAUCAGAGAUGAAGAGGAAGUUGAAAGCCAUGAUAAAGAGGACAAGGAAGAGGAUUGUGAGCAGGAAAAUGGGCCUGAGCAACAGUUUGGCUCCAGCAGUGAAUCACUGUUAUCUGAGGUUCACAAUAUGUACGAUAGUGACUUAGAACUAGAUUAUGAGAAUGAAACUGACACUGGCGCUGUCAGUGAGAGCGACUAUGAUGUUGCAAGUACUCUCCCUUAUGCACUCACUCUGAUGUCACCUCAUCUGAUCUAUUAUCUCAUGCAUGACUAUUUAACCCUCUCUUGGGCACGUUUCUCUAAAGACAUACAGUCACACACCCUGCAGAUCUUCAAAAUAUUAGCCCACCCCGCCCCACGCAUGGGUGAUCUCAUCAAGCUUGAUGCUUUCUCCACGCCCAUGCCCUCACAUGCCUCCCCGCAAACCGACAACACCAACCUCAAAGUCAUUGCACACUUCCAUGGUGGCCUGGACUUCAGCCGUGGUCUUGUGGACAUCAAUUUUACAAUGUGGCCCUUGUUCAAGUGCCUAAAUAUUGAUAAUAUUCUCAUUAUAUAUGAGGUCUGCCACAAAUUGAACAGGAUAAUUGAUUCCUCCACAGAGCUCCAGUAUCACAUUGAGCUUGGCCUCGAUUGUAUGGUUGAUGGCCCUAUGAGCACCAUCACGGUUGCAGAGUGUUUGGAACAACUGUUUACUCUCUGUCGUGUGUGGACUCUAUUUGAGUGGAAGAAAGAGGUUCAUGUACCCAUGCCUGGUUUCUGCCAGGCAUACAAGCUCGUAGGAGGCAUAUUCGCAAAGACAUCAUCUUCUGGGGGCAUUCACAACUAUACCGGUUCUCAAACCUUCAUCUCCACCUGGCUACCAUCCUUGUCUGAUCCUGGUCGCACAUUGGUUCAGACCAACAUAGGGAUCUCAAUGAGAGACUUCGCCAUUGAUCCAUCACAAGACCUCAUCGCUCUUGUCAAAACUGAUGAUGACCAACGUCCGGAUUAUGGAUUUUGCCAUUGCCCUCCAGUAGACUUCAACCCUGCUGCCACAAUCCACCCAGCCUAG